GAUCGGCAACCUCAGAAACAGCUAUGGGAUCUUCUAAUUUGACAAGAUAUCUAAUUAAACAGAUGCCUACAGAACAGAGUCCUGACCUCGAAGCACCCCAAAUGAACUGCAAAAUAGUGAAUUCCUACACCAACCACUGCCAAACUGAUAGGAUGCACGCCCUAAGCGGGACAGUCCUUGCACUAGCUCUGUCCAAUCUGAGAUGAGAGUCUCAUCUCUCUGGCCUUGGCGAACACUUCAUGCUCCUCAUUCUUGACUCAGGCUUACUCUUCGAGCCUUCAUCGUGUAUCUCACAGCCACCCAGAAAAACCCAAGUUGCACUGCAUUUGCGUAGAAUUGUUCUUUGCGCUUCCCGUAGUAAGUGUAUACCGUAGAUCCCGUCUCUCUCGGAUGACAAUCGCAACCCCUUGCCGCUACCGUCGCGGCGCGAUGGAGCGCGGCGCAGCCUUUCAGAUCGGCGCGCUGCUCCUGCUGACGUGCCUCGCGGUCUCACGAGUCCACUGCGUCCCCCUCGCCAAUUCCCAAGCGCAAGUCCUGCUGGACUGUCAGAAGGCGUGGAACACAACGAUUGAAGGCUGGAAGGUUGGUGGGGACUGCAGAAAAGCAAGCAAUGUCACCUGCGAUGCCCAAGGCAUGAUAACGGAGAUAUCUUUGAACUACAACAGCUUGAGUGGCUCGCUUCCUGCCUCCAUUGGCAAGCUUUGGAAGCUUCGCAUCUUGGAGCUUAACACGAACAACUUGACUGGCUCAAUACCAGCAACAAUCGGCAACCUCCAAUACUUGAACAGCUUUUAGACAUGGGCAUGAGCCGAGCCUG